AUGUCCAAGGAAUUCUUGGGCACGCCCUUAUUGUCAGAUGAAAUUCUCGUCAUCGCGUCAGAAAAAUUCGCAAAUUUGGCGCACCGCGAAGAAACAACAGAAUCCGAGCCCAUCAAAUACUUAAAAUCCAGUACUUCUUUGACGUCACAAAGCUCAUUUGAAAGCCGCGAAAUGCGAAUUGCGUUUGAUUUGGCAUUCUCUUGUCUGAGAUAUCGAACGCAUUUGGAGGAGUUGCUCAUCGAAUCGGGAUUUUUGGGCGGAGCACCGUUGGGAGAUGACCUCAAUACCCUCGUUAUUGUCAUGCUCUGGGAUUUCGUCCAGAGAAAGUUUGUCUCCAGAGGAACAAGGAGCAAGCUUCAACUUGGCCAGAGAAUCGAGGAAGUCGAAGAAGUCGAAACACAGCUCGGAAAUUAUGCGAUUAAACUGGCCGCCUCUCUGGCGCGCAUGAGAAUUCGUGAGUCAGCUCUCACACUCGGCGACACUCUAUCUGAAGAACUCCGAAAUAAGGAAAGAAUCCGCUCGCAACUGCCCAUCUACGGAUGGGUCAACCCUCGCAAAGCCAGUGUUAAAGAAAUCACGGACGAGUUCGAGGGCGCUGGAAUCGAAUUCGAACCUGGAACUGGCCUUCAAGAUGGCCUUUUUAUCUUUUCUCAUGAGUUCCUGACUACUGUUGAAAUGAGCGAGGCAGUGCGAGAAAAGAAGAUGCUGAUUGUUGACUCUACGACGUUGGUCGGACCACAGGCAGUGGCAAACUUGUUGAACGGUGAAGAAUCCGAAGAUAUUUUACUGUGCGGUGGUUGCACAAGUAGCUUGCCGAUGCUAGCUGAAGUUGUUGUCAAAGCAGGGAAAUUACUGGACGAGGAGCUCAAUCAGUCACGAUUUUUAUUCUCAAGUGGGGACGAACCAAACACAUCUCAAGCGAGAAAGCCAAAACUGAUCGUUUGUAUGGCGACGAAAAAACACCAAGAAGUGCGGGAUAUGAUGACAGAAUACGGAAUAAAUGAAGAUGUCUUUGAAAUAGUGCCACCAUUGUCGACGAUGCAGCCGACAGAUCCGAGAUUGAUGCAUGUAAAAGUCGUGCUGAUUGAGCCUCGAUGCUCGCUUUCAGCUGCAGCUGAUCCUCUCAGGUUUAUGCUUAUGGAAGGACUUGAUGACAACGACCCUCGUCUCCACGCUCUAGCCAAGGGUGUUUCUCAGCCCCAAGAAGGGUUGAAGGUCAUUCUCGCUGCUUCUCUCCUUCUCCCUCGCUCUGCUGCCACGCUUUACCUGACGCGAAGCUCUAUCCCAAAAGAAAACGAGGAAGUCAUCCAGUACGGAAUCUCGCAACUACCUGGAAAGUCCGAUUACAAACUAGCGCCUGUACCACUCAAGUUGCCGAUCGAUGUCAUUGAAAAAGGCUCGGCUGGAAAAUAUUUGAGACUUCCUGCUUCUGAAACUGGGUCUGGCUGUUUCUUGGGCUGUAUUUCAAGAAAUAUUCUCGAUCCAAAACAUGCUGCUAGAAAGGCAGCGCUGAAGGGACUUCUUGCGCCGCCAAGAAGAGCCAAAAAAGAGAGCACUUUAAAAGGAUCUGAAUCUCGUCAGUCAAUUACAACAUUAUCAAGCAUGAAGUCAUCAAGAAAAACUUAA